AUGAACACUACCGCCGACUCGUCCCGCCUCGGGGGCCUCCUCGCCGCCGUCGGCCUGCUCACGGCCGUCGUUGCCGUCACCCGCGCCUUGCAGUUCGUCAGCGUCUACCUGCUGCCCUCCCGCAUAGCCCGCUACGCCCAUUCCACCAAUGGCCAGCCACCCUGGGCCCUGGUCACCGGCGCCUCCGACGGCAUCGGCCGUGGCUUUGCCGCUGAGCUCGCCAAGCAAGGGUUCAACGUUGUGCUACACGGCCGUAACCGUGCCAAGCUCACCUCCGUCAUGUCCUUGUUGCGGGAGCGCCACCCUGACAGGUCCUUUCGCAUCCUCAUCGCCGACGCUAGUCGCGUAGCCUGCCUCAACUGUAUCCGCCCAGCGCAAGGCCAGUCUCACACACACGAGCCGGAUGAGGCCGUCGCGGCUGCGUCCCCGACUGACUUUGAUGCUCUGCGCACCGCCCUCGAUGGCCUCAACCUCACCGUCCUCGUCAACAACGCUGGCGGAGGUGCUGUCAACCCGACCUUCCUUUCUCUUGGUGAAUCCUCAGAGGCCCGCAUUACUGGCAACGUGAGCCUCAAUGCCCUCUUCCCUCUACAUCUCACACGCGCCCUGCUCCCGACGCUGCGUCGCAACUCCCCCUCGCUCGUCCUCAAUGUUAGCUCGCUGGCCGACAACGGCCUGCCCCUACUCGUGUCGUACUGUGCCAGCAAGCGCUUCCUGCUCACCAUGACGGAGGCUGUUGUGCGUGAGAUGAAGCUGCUCGGCAGGGGUGGCGACGUUGAGCUGUUGGGCAUCCGUGUUGGCAAGACGACCAACACGGCGUACUUUACGGAGAAGCCAUCCUUCUUCACCCCGGAUUCUCAGACUAUGGCUCGCGCCGCCCUGGAAAAAGCAGGCUACGGCCAUGGUGUCGUUGUUGGAUACUGGGCUCAUGCUCUCCAACACAUCCUCAUAAAGGCCAUGCCCCUCUGGGUCAAGGACAGAGCCUUCAUCGCCGCCGUCCAAAUGGAGGCGGCAAACGAUCGCAAAACUACAUAG